GGUGCAGGGGCCCGGCCUCCUGCCGCAGUCAAUGAGCCGGCGGCGGCCGCGGCGGAGCGCGGCACCGGCCGGGGGCAGCGCGGCGGGGCGGGGCGGGGGUGCCGCGGGAUGGCGGGGCGCUGAGGGAGCGCGGCAGCGAGCGGCGGCGGGCUCCGGCACCGGGCCCCACCGCGGCAUGGGCAGCCGCGGGGUCCUGCGAUGAGCGCUCCCCCGGCGGCUCCCCCCCGCGCGAAUAUGGGCACAGCCGUGUCCAAAAGGAAGACGCUGAGGAACGAGGCCAUGUCGUCGGUGGCGGCUAAAGUGAGAGCAGCAAGGGCUUUUGGAGAAUAUCUUUCCCAAAACCAUCCCGAAGGUAGAAACGGCUCAGAUCACCUCUUAGCAGACUCCUACAUUGGGCAGGAGGACUCCCCGGAGAUGCAGCAGGCGGCACAGAACAAGCGCAGGCUCUCCGUCAUCUCUGACGGCAAGUUCGAGCGGAGCUUCACCGAGGAGCAGGCAGAGAAGAUGCCAAGUGAGGGACCCAAGCCACGGGUCUACACCAUCUCCGGCGAGAGGCCGAUGCUGUCGGACCACGAGAAUGAAAGUAUGGAACUGGUGGUGAUGAAGGGGGCUGCCCAAGAGGAAUGCCACCAUGGCCACCAAGUGCACGGCGCUGGCGGCUCUCAUGGUGUUGGCAGGCAUUGCAAGGGCUGGCCAGGCAGCAGGCAGGGCUCCAAAGAGUGCCCAAACUGCACGCGGCUGGCUGCCCCUUCCCAGCAUUCCUUUGACCUGGAGCACCAUCAAUCUAGCGAGACGGGGUGGCACAGGAAAAGGCUGGAGAGGAUGUACAGCGUCGACCGAGUGUCUGAUGAUGUCCCCAUACGAACCUGGUUCCCAAAAGAGAACCUUUUCAGUUUCCAAACUGCUACUACAACUAUGCAAGCCAUUUCGAAUUUUCGGAAGCACCUCCGCAUGGUGGGGAGCCGAAGGGUUAAAGCACAAACAUUUGCCGAACGGCGUGAGAGGAGCUUCAGCAGGUCCUGGAGUGACCCGACUCCCAUCAAAGCCGAUUCCUUCCAUGACUCUCGAGAAAGCCAUGACCUUCAGGAUUCCUGUGGCACUUUGGAUGGCAACUUUGACUUGAACUGGGAAGCAGAAAAGGAACUUGAAGCCGUGGCAUGUGACGGAGAAGACUUUAUUCCACCAAAAAUAAUGCUCAUUUCCUCCAAGGUGCCCAAAGCAGAGUAUGUCCCAACAAUUAUCCGCAGGGACGAUCCCUCCAUCAUCCCCAUUCUCUACGACCAUGAACAUGCCACCUUUGAUGACAUCCUCGAGGAAAUAGAGAAGAAGCUUAACAUCUAUCGGAAAGGCUGCAAGAUCUGGAAGAUGCUGAUAUUUUGCCAGGGAGGCCCUGGUCACUUAUACUUGUUAAAGAACAAAGUUGCCACGUUCGCCAAAGUGGAGAAGGAAGAAGAUAUGAUCCUCUUCUGGAAGAGGUUGAGCCGGCUGAUGAGUAAAGUCAAUCCUGAACCAAAUAUCAUUCACAUCAUGGGCUGCUAUGUUCUUGGAAACCCCAAUGGGGAGAAGCUAUUUCAGAAUCUGAAAAACUUAAUGAAUCCUUAUAGGGUUGCCUUUGAGUCUCCACUUGAACUAUCAGCUCAAGGUAAGCAAAUGAUUGAGACUUACUUUGACUUCCGCCUUUACCGCCUCUGGAAGACCCGCCAGCACUCUAAACUAUUGGAUUACGAUGACAUUUUAUGAGCUGGAGAAGACUUUGCAAGAGGAAGUUGAUCACCGGUGUCCAAGAAGUCGUGCUGAUUGCAGAGAGACUUUUUUAUUGGCACGGGGAGCCCUUCAUAGCCCUAUGGGAGGCAGCAGUGCUAAAGGGAGGGAAGAAGGAGCCCUCGGAAGUGUGUCAGGAGGAAAGUCUCCUGGGUCAAGAGAGACUGGAGGGAAAGGGUUUGACACCUCACUCGCCUCAGGUCAGAGCCAUGGUGUCUCAGGAGGAGCUGUGUGCAACGAGGACAGGAUGGAGUUCCUUGCAGAACUGAGCUGUUUUGGGUCAGAAUGGGCCAGAUUUGAUUCCAGGUCCUUUUAAAGACUUUUGAAGCUCAGGUUUUCUUACAAAAAAAUAAAAUCAAAUCACUUACCCAUGCACUACACUGAGGAAGUGACCAGAGCACAGAGGAAGGAGGGUUUGUACUGAUGGCACCUUCUGUGCAGGGGAUGUUGGAGAGCAAGGACUGCUACACCUACUCCUGCAAGCUUAGAGCAAGACGAUCCAGUUUCCAUGUGAAUAUAUACUGGAAUAUAGAAUUGAAAUCUAUCUCUUUUGGGUUUUGUUUAAUAGAAAAUAAGAAGUGCAAUUUUUAUAGCGAGGGGGGUAAAAUCCCUCCCAAUAUUUAAUUAGUUAAAAAUAACACACCAGUAACCAAUAGAUGAGAUAUUUUUUUGGUCUGCUUGAAAAUAUAUUCAGAAUGGUAAUAUAUCUUCUGUAGACAUAUUUAAUCACCAGCAAACAUGGUUUUAAGGUAACUUAGCAGACCCUGCAUGUCUGCUGCAUUGAUUAACCCGGUUUGGUUUCUUACUUUCAGAGUAGCUGUGUUGCACUCAUUGUAUGUGCUCUCACGAAUGUAUAGUUCUCCUCCAAGUAGACACAACUUUGUUACUUUCUAUUUUGCUGCUUGCAAAACUACAGGACUUGAGUUUUGCUGAAAUACUUUAGGUUAGAAAUACAGAACCUGGCUGAGAAGCCUCGGUCAGGUUCACUAUGGUAUCAAACUGAAUUAGAAAUUAAUAGCCAUGGUAAUUAACUUGUUCAUGCUGGUGUUUUGCUGUGUGUUGAGAGAUGAGUUCUUAUAGCCCGCGGUGUGUGAGCACCAGAAACCCUCCACGGAGACUGAAGAGAUGCUUGUGGAGGAGCACAGCACGGGUUUGUAGCACGAGUUUGGAUUUUCCCUCUGUUCACUUGAUUGCCAGUUGUUUGUGCAUCAACCACCUCUUUCCCACUUCUGAAAAGACCUGUUGAAUGGUCUGAGCUGCUCACAUCCUGUCCUGUGUAGGACAGAGGAAGCCCAGAGCUGUGUCCAGCAGCCGGGGUUUGGGAACUCAGGCUCCUACUUGGUAUGUGAGGAUAUAUUUGAGAAUAUCUUUACCUUUCGUUUCAGUCAGGGGGUUGCUUUUUGUUUUGGGAAGGGUUUGUUCAGCUUGUACUCUCCUGUUCAGAGGAUAAAUACUGCUCAGAGUCUGUGUAGGUCACUGGCAGUUCUGGGAGGUGAUACAAGUUACUGCUUUUCUACGUAAUACACACUGGAGAAGUAACAGGGAAGGGUUACCUUGGUUUCCUGAUUUCCUGCUAUCUAAAAUUAGUUGAUUGCGAAGGAAAAUAUAUGUACAAAUCUUCUUCUAAAUAGUUACAAAAAGAACUAGCUGUUCUGACCUGUAGAGUACUCCUUCUCCCCUGACAUAGCUGUGGGUGUAAUUUUGGGGAGCAGGCCUCUGGCUGGAGCUGCUCAACCCUUUACACUACAGCAGUUUUAUAGCAGAACUUUUGGAGAAAUAAUGUAUAUACAGUAAGGAGAGGAAUAGGUGGAGAGAGAUGGUUUAAAGUCAUUGAAAGCAACAUAUUGAACCAAAUAGGUCCAGGCUGUUGCCUCCCCGUCUGUCUCGGAGUGGUUUGGUAGCCACAGCUCAUCCCUGGCUGGACUCUUGCCCUCUUCACUGGGUCGUGUUGUCCAGACCUGUAGUGAAGGGGAUAAUAGGCCCCAGUCUGUAGCUUUUGGAAGGAAAUGCCAGAUAGAAGAAAGAAAACACAAGUGAUGCCAAUUCUGUUAUGUAGGAUGGCAGCUUCCACCAGCUAUGCUGAGAGGUGGGAGCUGUGGGUGCAAUGAAAGCACGAAGUUGUGUGUGAUGUGGAGAAGGCAGUGGCAGCAGCAGGGUUAAAAUGCUGGCACAAAACUCUCUCCCUUUCUGCCCCUUUGGUCAUGCUCCUCACUGGGGGCAGACUGUUCUUCCUUUCUCCUUGCUAAAGUAAACCCCCCAAUCCAGUGAACUUGGUAGCAUGAAUGUAGCAUUGUGAGACUAUUGAAAACCUUCUUUAACUCCGAAAGGGCCCAUUUAUGUAUCUACUUGAGUGAUUUCUCUGUACAACUAUUGUAUAUCUAUCCUCAUUGACCACUUGUAGAACUAGGGGUGCAAAGUAGCAAGGUAGCUUGUACAGUUGCAUAACUUCUGUAGGAAGAUGUGUGUUUGAAUGACCAUUAUGGACUGUUGUAGUGGUGCAGUUGACUGUAGUGUAGUGUACUGACACCGAUGAAUGCGUUUCUCUCCAAAGAUCUAUAUUCCUCAGAGUUUGUGAUGUUUAUGACAUGAGCGUGUUAUUCCCUUUGUGGCGUUCGUUUGACUAAAGAGAUGAAAUGCUCUAAAAGCCGUGACUGAAAGACAAUAGAGUUUUGAUGUUUCAAGUCCUUUGUGCAAACAGCGUCCUUGAAGUUACCCAUUUCUGAAAGCGGAAAACCAGUUUCUUCCCCUUUUUUAACUGGUUGGAUUUUUCCAGUGGCUGCUGGGAGAGGAAGGGAUCAGCAGAGGAGAGGAUACAAAAAAACCCGUAAUUAUUUCAACUUUAGAGUUAAAAAUAGAGCCUGGAACUUCCUCCGUUGGACCAGCUGGUGAAGGAUGACUCAGGAUGUGCUCAGCAUGGUCCCAGCCAGGACAUCCCCUCUGCAGACACCGAGGCCCCUUCCUCGCACCCCAGGAGCGAUGGCUGCUGGGCACACAGAACAAUCUGUUGUUCCACUUCUGCAUCCAGGUUUCUGCUGCCUGCUCUCGGGGUGUGUCUGUGUGAAGCCCUGAAACCGGUUUGUUCACACACACUUGGUAAUUGCAUCUGGCCCGGCUCGGUGGAGCUCACUUCACAUCAGGGUAACUGGAGCAAGUGGUCAUGGUGUGGCUGAGCUCCAGCCCUGUGGCACCGUUAUGCUCGGCCCCACCAUGGGGAACUGCUCCUGCAGGUCCUGUGUGGUCUGGAUUUGCUCUUAGCAACAGGAACACCUGGUUAACCCUGGAGAGAAGCGGAUCAAUCUGGGAUAGCUAAAUAGGGCGCCAGUCCAACCAUGCUGGGAGUUUCUGCUGCUCUUGCUAUGAGGCAGUACUGAAUGUCAGCAGAGUCUGCUGGUUGUGUUGUGGCCUGGGCUGGGAUUGUCAUGUCCAGGAGAGGAGAAGGGUGGGCAGCAAGUGUAUACGCAGUCCGGUCUGCAGCUCCUCAGCCGGGCUCAUGUCCUGGGAGCAGCACCUGGUUCUCUGGUGCCUGCAGAGAGUAUUCACCCAGCUAUAGAGGCUUGCGGGGGUUGUUUUCUUGGAUGUGGCUCUAGUCUUCUGCAGGGUUUUCCAGGCAGGCUUUUCUCUUUUCCUCUUGUUUGGCUGGGAAGGAAAGGGAAGAAGAAAAUUCAAGUUACCUGAAGGACACAGAAAUAGGUAGAAAAUUGAGCUAAAGCGUUUUGCACUCUCCUCAGGCUGCAGCCACGAACUUCCCUUUGCAGCCGACCUCCAGGGCUGGGAAAUGGAUGAGUGAGCAGAUAAUCCCUUCCUGCAUUAAAAAAAUGGAAAACAAACCCAGUAAAGUCCUUGUAGCUCUAACAAAACAUCUGACUGGGAAAGGCAACCAGCCAGCUCAUCCUGCCCAUGCGAGGACUCCACUGUGUGCACCCAGGGGAGCCCACCCGCUUCUGCCUCUGAGUGCCCCCAAAGCCACCUGAGCCACGUCCCAUGGACCAUGGUGGGCUCUGCAUUGCCUCUGCGGAGUGGCCUCUGGAAGUGGAUUUGUUCUUCGUUUCUCAGCCUGGACAUUGUGCCUGGAGCUCAGCACAGGUUUUUGCUCCGAGGGCUUCUGGAGUGCAUGUGUGUGUGUUCACGUUGUCUCUUCACACACAGGCUCUUUCCCGUGGUCUGGGGGAGAUGUUCCCCCUCAACUGUCCCCACUUAUUCUGCCAUGUGCAGGAAAGUGUGGGGCAGCGUUACCAUUGUCCAUGCUGUGUUAGCAUCUCUCUGGCUCCUGGCGCUCAUCCACUGCACUAACAGCUGCUGCUGUUUGGGGACGUGACUGCGUUGGUGACCUGUGGCUGGAAGUUCCUGUUCCCAAGGCUGUGCUGGCAGAGUGACUGCAAACACUGCUUCGUCACCUUCGGGCAACACAAGUGGGGUCACUUAAAAGAAUGGAAAAUGCUGAUUUCAAACCGCCAGCCUGGCAGGAUCUGGAAAUGGGAGCCCGUCCUUCAUCCCACCCAGACUGGAGUGGGACAACAGGCUCGCUCUGUGCUUUGUGUAUGUGUAAACACCAACCCAUCAAAACCCAGUAUGAGUCACGCUUAUGUGGUGUUAAUGCAUUGGUCCAGGAUAAAGUAUGUUAGUGUAUGACUAAAAAUCCCUUUGUGGCCCGUGGCAGUUGAUGUGCGCUGCUGGAACCUCACAUCAGAGGAUGUGCUGUGUCGUGUCACCCUUCCUGAGCGAUGGGACACAGCUCUGCAGGUACACAUGAAGCUGAAUCGCUCCAUGCUCCGGGUUGUGCCGUCACAGCCCCUGCAGCUGGAGAUACAGACAGCCCUUCCCGAAGGAUGCCAUGCAGAUAUCCCUGUGUCCUCCCGAGGGAUAGCUAGCAGCAAUAUCAUUUUCCACGCCACCUGUAAAGAGUUGUUUGUGAUCCUGUAUUUUGUUCCGUGCUCCCAGAGUAUCCGUGGCUUUCUGCAUUUUCCAUGGGAGUGUUUUUGAAUUCUCAGUUGUGGAAACACAAGCCAAAGUCGACUGGAAACUAUUCUGGUCUUGAUGACAAGUCAGCCUGGAAAUAAUACCAUAUACUGGAACUGAGUGAGUAAAUGGGUGGUGUAAUGACCAUGAACCUGGCUGUGAUUGUUGUUACUCCCAGGUGAUCCUGCAGUUGGAAUAAGAGUAAGAUACUGGAGUUUGCUGUCUCCUGCCGAGGUUGUGCACGAGCUGUCGAAGAGUGACAGGAAUCAGGAGCUGCUUUGAUUCAGGAAUAAAUUCAGCCCAACAUACUGCCAUUGGUGUGAGAAUUAAAGACUGGAGGGAAUAACCAUCAUGGACAUUACAUGUAGGAAUCCAUCUGAAAGAAAGCUAAACUGCAUUCUUCUAUAAAUGUUUAGUAAAUAUUAACUAAUACAACCCAGUAAUUUUUCACAUUAUUGUAUUGCUUUUAGAGUAUCCUUAACAUUGACACACGCCAGGUCAGAUCUAAGGCUGGCACAGUGGGGAGCCAGGCCGUAUCUCGGUAGUUAAUUGGGCACUUCAGUCUUUCUUCCUUAUCUCAGCAGCUAAAAGGAACUGGUGAUUAGUCACAGCCCUAACGGCCCUAUAAACCUGUAGCAGGAGCAGCCUCCACCUGCAUUGCUCAGCCUUGAGCACAGUGAAGGUGUUCCCGGAGGCCCUCAAGCCAAGGUUUCAUCCUGCCAUGGGGAGGCCCCUCCGGCGAUUUCCCUGAAUCCCUACAGCAACAGCCACGGGCACAGUCCUGCCUGGCAGCCGGGUCCAUGGGGCUUCUGUGUUGUCUGAGUGGUGUUUUCCUCCUGUGGUUGUGCAGGGUUGUACCUGGGGAGCAAUCUUACCAGGGCAGACUGAACUGCAGGGUGUCCAGCACCCGGGCUGGGCACUGCUACCGGCACCCUGGCCUCUGGCUGGGACCAGCACGGCUGCACAUCUGUGGUAUUCAACAGGGUGUGAGGUUAUGAGAUAAUUCUUUCCUUUUUUUAGUGCUAAAACUCAGUUGCAGUGAUACAGUUACCACUAUAGGUCCUGUUAAUUUGGAGCUGGGAAUUCCAGGACAGGUAUCGUUGCCCUCACAUUCGAAAUGCCCUAAAAGCAUUGUAGAUGAGCCCAGUGAGCCAAGGCCCUUUGAGUGAGGAUCCUGCCCCUCUGCCCACUGUGCUAAGUGAGAUGUGGUUUUGCUGGGUGUUAAGAUAGGGAUGACUGAAACAACCAAGUGAGUUUGGUGUUCCCCAUCCCAGGAAGUGAGGCUGGAGUCGUACCCGAAUGAGCAAGACUGUAGUUUUUCCGCUGUGUGUUUCCUGUUGUUCUUUAACAACUCUAUUCCUGGAACUGGGGUGACUUCAGCGGUGAUACCAAGCACAGAAAAAGCUGGGCUCUGGCAGGGUGGCAGAAAAUGUGCUUUUGGAUUUUUACUCCUUCCCCUCAGAGCUCAGGCACCAGUUUUCAUUUCCAGCUCAGCUGCGAGCGCUCCCUUUGCUGCUGCAGAGCUGCUACUGAGGAGGCCUCACUGGUUUUCUGAACAGAAAACCAAACACAGGAGUAAUGAGUGGAAAAGGUAAUGGUGCAGGCCUUGAAAAUGGUUCUGGUCAUGUGGAGAACAGGUUAUAUCUGGUAAUGCUCCAGAACUCUGGGAUGUCUCAUAGAAUCCCAGCCUGGUUUGUGUUGGAAGGGACCUUAAAGCUCAUCCAGUUCCAACCCCUGCCACGGGCAGGGACACCUUCCACUAGAGCAGGUUGCUCCAAGCCCCUGUGUCCAACCUGGCCUUGAACACUGCCAGGGAUGGGGCAGCCACAGCUUCUCUGGGCACCCUGUGCCAGUGUCCCACCACCCUCAUAGUUACUUUCAUGAGAGAAAGAAAGAAGCAGAGUUGUCAACAGGGAGAAACAACCCCAAACCACCCAAGUGUGGACAGUGCUUGACAUAUGACAAGCCUUGUGAGGAUGCAGCACUCUGUGGGCUGAUUCUGCCUCUGCUCUCUGCUGAGUUCAGAGGGAGCUGGCAGCAUCCUGCUCUGUCAGACCCAAACCUGAGUGCCGGGCCAUGGGGUUGCACCCGCCUCAGGUGAGGCUGGGCCCAUGGUACAUCCCAGCACUCGGGUCCCUCUUUGCUCAGCCCAGUCCAGCGGGAAGCUGAAGGGAGAACAGAUGCAUGAGGAGCUUGAAAUGCUGAUCCUGUGAGAGCCUCUGGGUUAGAGAGCUCAACCCCAGACAUGCUGGUUUGGGGCCCCAACUGUGUUAAACUUAGCAGAGAGUUUUGAAAGGAAAGACUGUAACCUCUGAGGUCUCGGUGGGCCCUGGACCAGCAGGUUAGCUCCUUGGAAAAGUCAGAAGGAAGAUACCCCAAAGUGCUCUCCCCGGUGUUGGAAGUGGUUUCUGGCUGGACCUGAGGCAAGGGGCAAACCUGGCUGUGACGUGGGAGACAUUGGCCAUCUCUACUGCCUCCGUCAUAGUGUUUCUCUGAGACUAUCUGCUGCUUCGUGUAUGAUAACCAGGUUUCAAAUGAAUGUUUCUAGGUUUUAAGACGUGAUUUAAUAAAAAGAGAUGUUUCUGGGAAA